AUGGCUUCACAUAUACCAACCCUUGUGACUAGGAUACCCCACCUACCACCAGAACUACAGCGAGAUAUUUUUGAAUGGACCGCUCUGGCCUACCCAAAGCUCGCGCCUAAGCUCCUUUUGGUCGCAAGCCGCGUGCAGACAUGGAUAGAGCCCGUGAUUUAUAAAGUCAUCGUCCUCGACUAUCCCUACAAGGGUGUUGACCUCUUCAUGCGAACUCUGGAGUCAAAGCCGAGUAGUUUCUUUGCGAAACAUGUUAAGACGCUCUGCUUGACCGCGAGCGUCACCUUUUCAUAUUGCACCCGAGUGCUUUCUGUAUGCACAGGCGUCAAGGACCUCAUCUGCUGGUGCCCCUCCCCCGUUUCUGGGCUGCUCCCACUUAUCAGCAGCUACCCUCUUCGCAAACUCUCUGUCAAGAUGGAAACUCUUUUCCCCAUGGAAGAAGCCCCCAAUUUUACCCAUCCCAUUUUUCGCUUCAUAACACACCUAGACAUUGUCAACCCCCGCUCCGCCUCCGACGAUGCGUAUUGGCACGGCCUAGCCAACCUGCCACGCCUCACUCACCUUGCCAUCGGCGAUCUGUUCUAUUGGCAGCAGACAGACAUCACGAAUACUAUCCCGUUCUUACUGGAGAACUGUCAGACCCUAGAAGCGUUGAUUCUGGUAUGCGGAAACGAAGAGAUUAGGGAAACCGUUGGGACGAGUUGUGGACAUGACGCGAGACUUGUUGUGCUGCCAACUUUCCAUCACCCUGAUGUAUAUCCUGUAUACUUGCAGCGUUUGAAGGAUGGCGAAGCGGGUAUGUGGAGGCAUGCGAAGCCUGCCAUCUGCGCGUCUAGCAACCAGACAACCUUAAGCAGCGAGUUAAGUAGUGAGUCAAUGUUUUCGAAGACAGAAGGAAACUGCUCAAACUCAUUUCAGGCUGAACGCUGA